UCUUUCUUGACUCUCAUGCACCUCGCGCCGACGGGGACAUGGCCGGCCGUGCCCCCCUCCCCCAUAUUCAUUGCAACACGCGCGCAUCCAUCGCCGUCACCUUUUCUUCCCUGCCUUUUUUCCCGAUCCCUCCUCUUCUUCCAUGCUGUGCCUGACAAUCAAUACAUGCAUCACAUCACAUCACAUCCGUCGCUCCUCUCCCAAGGACACGGAGGCGAAGGUGGGCUCGGCCCGACGGACCCGUCACAACUCACAACCGCCUACAUAUACAUACACGGCACGGGUACACGGCCACACGCACACACUUCUAUCAGAGCAAGCUGCUUUGGGUCGACGAGACAGAGCAAGAAGAAGAAGGCAGAGAGAGCGCCAGGCAGGAUGAACGGCGGAGGGGGCGGGGGCGGGACCAAGAUCAGCCUGCGGCUGCAGUACUACGUGCUGCUGGCGGGGGUGGGCGCGGUGCUGCUCGUCGCCUGCCUCAAGUACAUGCCGGCCGCGGCGGCGGUGGCGGCCGGGGCCGGCUACGGGUCCUGGGGGAGCGGCCUGGCCGUCGCCACCCGCGCCGGGGAGCCGGAGGGCAGGAAGAGGUCUCCCGUGGUGAUCUUCAACUUCGGGGACUCCAACUCCGACACGGGUGGCAUGGCGGCGGCCAGCGGCCUCAACAUUGCGCUCCCGGAGGGCCGCACCUACUUCCGCCGCCCCACCGGCCGCCUCUCCGACGGCCGCCUCGUCAUCGACUUCAUCUGUGAGAGCCUCAACACGCCUCAUCUGAGCCCAUAUCUCAAGGCGUUGGGCUCCGAUUUCAGCAACGGCGCCAACUUCGCCAUCGGCGGGUCAACGGCGACGCCGGGGGGAUCCCCCUUCUCGCUCGACGUGCAGCUGCAUCAGUUCCUCUACUUCAGAACCAGGUCUUUCGAGCUGCUCAACAAAGGCGAGAGGACGCCGAUCGACCGCGACGGGUUCCGGAACGCCAUCUACGCCAUGGACAUCGGGCACAAUGAUCUCUCCGCCUAUCUUCACCUCCCCUACGAUCAAGUGCUCGCCAAGAUCCCCUCCAUAGUCGGCCACAUCAAAUUCGGCAUUGAGACCCUGUACGCGCACGGGGCUCGGAAGUUCUGGAUCCACGGGACGGGGGCACUCGGCUGCCUGCCGCAGAAGCUGUCCAUCCCCAGGGACGACGACAGCGACCUCGACGGCAACGGCUGCCUCAAGAAGUACAACAAUGUCGCCAAGGCCUUCAACGCCAAGCUUGCCGAGACCUGCAACCAGCUCCGGCAGCGCAUGGCUGACGCCACCAUCGUCUUCACCGACCUGUUCGCCAUCAAGUACGACCUCGUGGCCAACCACACCAAGUACGGCGUCGAGAGGCCGCUGAUGGCGUGCUGCGGCAACGGCGGCCCGCCCCACAACUACAACCACUUCAAGAUGUGCAUGUCGGGGGAGAUGCAGCUGUGCGACAUGGACGCGCGGUUCAUCAGCUGGGACGGCGUCCACUUCACGGAGUUCGCCAACGCCAUCGUCGCGUCCAAGCUGCUCACCGGCGAAUACUCCAAGCCCAGGGUCAGGAUCGCCAGCCUCGUCAACUCCACCGCGCCUCACGAUGGCUAGCCCUCCAUCGAUCGUCGUCUAUCUGGAUCUGCCGGUGCCAUUGAUUUGAUUUGGUUGGCCUACCACUGCCAGAGAUGAUGAGAAUGUGUGCAUGCUGCAGCAAAUCAGUGAGUGGGCUGAGAGCAAACAUCUAGGAGUGUCUCUUUUCUCAAGGCUCAGAUGAGUGAAGGAGAGAAAGUAGUGAGUUGACCAAGAGGGAAAAUUCAUGGACGACCUAAAGCAAGGCACAUUUGACUGACGUGUGUGUAAUUCGCUUUGAAAUUUGAUCAAGGAAUUGAUGGGGUGCACAGUUCUCUUCUUGUAUAUGUUUGAUCGGUUGCCAACUAGUAUCUUUAACCC